GGUGGAAGGUAGUUCUACAACUGUCAUGUCGGGCGGUAGAAAGCCCCGUUCUGUGGCAAACCCUCUAGAAUCCGCGAUCACCACACCCAGUGAACGAAUCUUGAGAGAAUGCCACAAUUUAUAUAUCGACAGCGAAAACGGUAAAUAGCAAACUAUUGCUGCACACAGCCUACAUGAUCAAUAUAACAGCCGUGCAUAUUCGUCAUGUCUGCUCUGCAACAAAGUAGCAUUUCAUUUUAAAGUUUCUGCUUGUGUUACACAUGCUCGAAUAUUCUACUCUGAUCAAAAUGUAUGCACUCACUAACUGUAAGUCGCUCUGGAUAAGAGCGUCUACUAAAUGACUAAAAAUGUAAAUCAUCAAGCGUUGUCUGUCACGCUCCAGUAAAAUGUCACUCACCCCAAACAAACACUGAAAUGAAUCCCAGGGGUAGGGUAUUUUACAGUGGUAAAAGCCUUUAACCAAGUGUUUGGGUGUGUUUUUGUCAUUAAGGAAAAUGCACAAUAUUGGUCAUAUGUAAUCUUUGCCAUAUUUUAAAUAAGAAAUAUAGCCUACAGUUUGUUGGCCAGAUCAUGCUUUCAGGGGCUAGGGCCUACUGUAUGUUAAUGGCCUAUUCCCUAAACUAGAUAACAUCAUCAUACGUUCAAAUACAACUGAGGCUAUGGUAGUUCAAAGUAGGCUGUAGGGUCCACAAGGACUCAUCACAGACUUGAAGCCAAUAUGGCCUUUUUUGAUUUAUGGUCAUUUCCAUUCGAAAGGACCCAUGAGCACCACCAAUAUGUGAAGUUUAUAGGAGUGUAUCAAAUUGGGUUUCAAAUUAAAGCUAAGAGUCUAUAUUUUUGGGAAAUGAAGGCAUAGAUACGUUUUUCAACAAAAAAAAUUAUCUUAAAAAUGUGGCAUAAGUAAAGGCUGUGAUUUCUGGAUAAACAGAUGAAAUGGGGUCUUAAAAACAUCUACUACAAAAAGUCUUAAACAUAUCAGAAAUACAUCAAAACACAAUAAUGUUGACCUAAAGACCCCUGCCAACUAAUAUCAACACUUAUAUUUAGUUUUGGAGAAAUUGUUUACCUUUUGUAUAUUUUAAGAAAUAUUUCCUUGUAAUUCCGUAACCACAAACCCACAUAUCGUUAAGAUAUUUUAUAAUUUCUCUCCCUCAUGAGGAGGGAGGAUAAUGAAAGUUCACAGAAGUAACAAGUAAUUGUAGACCUAGUGAUAUCAAUUUUGUUUAUGAAUUAUUAAGUGAUUAAAAUUCGUAAUUAUUUUACCAAAUUGGUAACGGAAUUACCAAAAAAUCUGUAAUGGAAUUACUGCAACUGAAUUGGCUACAAUGGGAAAUCAGAAUUAGGUCAUUCCACCCUGGCCUUGAUGUUAACGUCCACAGACCGACUGGACUGAACCAAAUCUGAAACUAUCAUAGACCUAUGUGAAACAUGAGGAGAAUGACAUUCAUAUCUAUAAUUAUGCAUUUCUGUGUAGUACAGAUCAGGGACCCAUGAUGUAAUUCUGUUACCUUAAUUCCAUUACCGGGUGUAAAUCCACUUCACUUACUGUAGUUCAAAACCAUAAGAGAUUUCUUCAAACUCAAGGUGCCAUGUCAUACUGACACCCCAUUCUUUCUGCAGGUAUCUUUGAAUCUUAAUUCGAGAGCAGAUAUUUAAGAGUUUUUAGAAAACAUGGUUGCAUAAAAACCUGAGGGAGAUUUUACCGUAAUUCCGUUACCAAAGUUUGCAUCUGCACAGUUCUUCCACUAAAUUAGUUUUUGUAAAAUUUUCAGUGGAAAUUGUUAAAAGUAGUCCUUGUACAUAGAGUUGUAUGGUUUGUUAAACUUUGAAGUCAAUGGUUUUUGUUUGGCAUACAUAAAAAAAAAAACUGAGUCAAAACAUAAUUCUGUUAUAGUGGAAUUGCCUUGGUUUCCAGACUGUAUCUGCAAGUCAGGUAUCCUAAAGCAGGUGUCGAAUAAAGACUGCCAUUAUAACAGAUUACUUUGUUAUUUGUAGUUCAUUGGAUCACUUUGAGUGAAAACAAAUGUUGCUUAAAUCCCUCUGAUGCCACUCUCAUGUAGUGGAGUCCUGUCUGCCGGCUCUCUAUGUAUAGUGUCUUAAUCAGAUAUGUCAGAGGCAGACGGAAACACUUAUCUGUUAAGACAGGUAGUAUGGCGUACUGGAUGACCCUAACUCCGAGAUAGUAAAGUAUCAUAUUUAUUUAUUAGUUAUUCACUGUGUAUUUAUUCCUUGUGUUACUAUUUUUAUUCUUUAUCUUAUCUUUAACUCUGCAUUGUUGGAAAAGGACCCGUAAAUAAGCAUUUCACUGUUAGUCUACACCUGUUGUCUACGAAGCAUGUGACAAAUAAAAUGUGAUUACAUUUGAUAUUACGGCUUGCCUGACCCAUUCUGUAACAGUAGUGUCCAAAAGAAAGGAAAGCCGCCUGAUCUGUGUAUGUUUGUGUGUGUUCAGGGCUGGUGAAGAUAGCAAGCCACCUGGGUCUCCAGCUCCUUCCUCCACGGAAGAAGAUCAUUGUGAUGAUAAUGGGGAACCACUCUGCUGGAAAAAGCUCAUUUAUUAAUUGGUAAUAUAGCUCCCCAAUAUAACUGCUAAGGACCAGCACAGGCUAGGCCACAAUCAAGAGCCGCGUAAGGAGGGAGAGAGGGAGAGGGAGGGAGAGAGGGAGAGAGAGAGAGGGGGAGGGAGAGAGGGAGAGAGAGAGAGGGGGAGAGAGAGAGAGAGGGGGGGAGAGAGAGGGAGGGGCAAAUAUGUUUGUUAAAAUGAGGCUGACGAAUGUCCACAUAGGGAUUGGAGGCGCUACAAGAUACAGUAUUAGCCUAGACAUUGUGGUCUAACAAUCAGGUGAUUAUCCUAGACAUUUCCUAAUGGAAAGAAAGGUAUCAAGCAAUUUAGUGAGGAUAUGAAUUACCUAAGAAUGUAGAUGUAUGAGUCUGUUGAAUAAAAAGAACAUGUAAAGAUUCUGUUUUUGUUUCACAACAUUUUCAUUAUUAUCACUGUAUCCUAAAGGAUAUCAUGAAUCUCAUAGUCACCUAUACAUUUGAAAUCAAUAAUAAUUAGUAAGUUUGAUUCUGGGAUUUUCCCAGUGAUGGAAUUUGUCAAUGUGCAGUACAUUUCACACAAUUGUUGACCCAGUUUCACUUACUGCCAUUUCAGGUAUGUGGAAGAACAUAUACAGAAAACAGGUGUUGCCAUCGAAACGCAGGGAUUUACAUUUAUCACAAGUGGUCGGAAAAGAGAAUCACUGACGGUAGGUUUAUAGCACCACACCAUCACUGCUAUGAAUGUCUCUCAAAGCACUUUUAACCAUGUUAUGAAAAACGUACUUCGUGUUCAGCCAGUGGUGAUUGAAUAGCAUAAAAAUAAACCUUGUGGUAUACUAAUAAUUGCUUACCAAUGGUUUACUGUUGCAGGCUCUAUGAAUCUCAUUCAUUAUAGCCAUAGCUAUGAUCACUGCAGCCUGUUAGUCACCACUGGUACAUACAGUGGGGAAAAAAAGUAUUUAGUCAGCCACCAAUUGUGCAAGUUCUCCAACUUAAAAAGAUGAGAGAGGCCUGUAAUUUCCAUCAUAGGUACAUGUCAACUAUGACAGACAAAAUGAGAAAAAAAAAUCCAGAAAAUCACAUUGUAGGAUUUUUAAUGAAUUUAUUUGCAAAUUAUGGUGGAAAAUAAGUAUUUGGUCAAUAACAAAAGUUUCUCAAUACUUUGUUAUAUACCCUUUGUUGGCAAUGACACAGGUCAAACGUUUUCUGUAAGUCUUCACAAGGUUUUCACACACUGUUGCUGGUAUUUUGGCCCAUUCCUCCAUGCAGAUCUCCUCUAGAGCAGUGAUGUUUUGGGGCUGUCGCUGGGCAACACGGACUUUCAACUCCCUCAAAGAUUUUCUAUGGGGUUGAGAUCUGGAGACUGGCUAGGCCACUCCAGGACCAUGAAAGGCUUCUUACGAAGCCACUCCUUCGUUGCCCGGGCGGUGUGUUUGGGAUCAUUGUCAUGCUGAAAGACCCAGCCACGUUUCAUCUUCAAUGCCCUUGCUGAUGGAAGGAGGUUUUCACUCAAAAUCUCACGAUACAUGGCCCCAUUCAUUCUUUCCUUUACACGGAUCAGUCGUCCUGGUCCCUUUGCAGAAAAACAGCCCCAAAGCAUGAUGUUUCCACCCCCAUGCUUCACAGUAGGUAUGGUGUUCUUUGGAUGCAACUCAGCAUUCUUUGUCCUCCAAACACGACGAGUUGAGUUUUUACCAAAAAGUUCUAUUUUGGUUUCAUCUGACCAUAUGACAUUCUCCCAAUCCUCUUCUGGAUCAUCCAAAUGCACUCUAGCAAACUUCAGACGGGCCUGGACAUGUACUGGCUGAAGCAGGGGGACACGUCUGGCACUGCAGGAUUUGAGUCCCUGGCGGCGUAGUGUGUUACUGAUGGUAGGAUUUGUUACUUUGGUCCCAGCUCUCUGCAGGUCAUUCACUAGGUCCCCCCGUGUGGUUCUGGGAUUUUUGCUCACAGUUCUUGUGAUCAUUUUGACCCCACGGGGUGAGGUCUUGCGUGGAGCCCCAGAUCGAGGGAGAUUAUCAGUGGUCUUGUAUGUCUUCCAUUUCCUAAUAAUUGCUCCCACAGUUGAUUUCUUCAAACCAAGCUGCUUACCUAUUGCAGAUUCAGUCUUCCCAGCCUGGUGCAGGUCUACAAUUUUGUUUCUGAUGUCCUUUGACAGCUCUUUGGUCUUGGCCAUAGUGGAGUUUGGAGUGUGACUGUUUGAGGUUGUGGACAGGUGUCUUUUAUACUGAUAACAAGUUCAAACAGGUGCCAUUAAUACAGGUAACGAGUGGAGGACAGAGGAGCCUCUUAAAGAAUAAGUUACAUGUCUGUGAGAGCCAGAAAUCUUGCUUGUUUGUAAGUGACCAAAUACUUAUUUUCCACCAUAAUUUGCAAAUAAAUUCAUUAAAAAUCCUACAAUGUGAUUUUCUGGAUUUUUUUCUUCUCAAUUUGUCUGUCAUAGUUGACGUGUACCUAUGAUGAAAAUUACAGGCCUCUCAUCUUUUUAAGUGGGAGAACUUGCACAAUUGGUGGCUGACUAAAUACUUUUUUCCCCCACUGUAUUCAGGAAAUCUUCUUCACAGCGUUGGUGCUGUCAUGUUGGGGCGGCAGGUAGCUUAGUGGGUAAGAGCGUUGUGCCAGUAACUGAAACGUCGCUGGUUCUAAUCCCCGAGCCGACUAGGUGAAAAAUCUGUCGAUGUGCCCUUAAGCAAGGCACUUAACCCUAAUUGCUCCUGUAAGUCGCUCUGGAUAAGAGCGUCUGCUAAAUGACUAAAAUGUAAAAUGUAAAUGUAAAUGUUAAAUGUACACUUUCAAAUAAUUUCCACUCAUUUGGGAUUUAGGCAUAUAGCUGGAUCUACACGUCGAUGUACAGUGCCCUCUGUAAUUAUUGUGACAGUGAUACAUGUUUGGUUGUUUUGGCUCUGUACUGCAGCACUUUCGAUUAUAAAUGAUAUAAUGACUGUGAGGUUAAAGUGCAGACAGUCAGCUUUAAUGUGGUCCUCUGUAGCUCAGCUGGUAGAGCACGGCGCUUGUAAUGCCAAGGUAGUGGGUUCGAUCCCCGGGACCACCCAUACACAAAAAAUGUAUGCACGCAUGACUGUAAGUCGCUUUGGAUAAAAGCGUCUGCUAAAUGGCAUAUUAUUAUAUUAUUAUUAUUAUUAAUUAGAGGGUAUUUUCAUCCAUACCGGGUGAACUGUUUAGGAAUUUAGGAAAACACUUUUUGUACAUAGGCCCCCCGUUUUAGGGGACCAAAGGUAUUAGGGCAAAUUAACUUAAACACUACAGUGAGGGGAAAAAGUAUUUGAUCCCCUGCUGAUUUUGUACGUGUGCCCACUGACAAAGAAAUGAUCAGUCUAUAAAUACUUAUUUACCUCAUUAAAAUGCAAAUCAAUUUAUAACAUUUUUGACAUGCGUUUUUCUGGAUGUUUUUGUUGUUAUUCUGUCUCUCAUUGUUCAAAUAAACCUACCAUUAAAAUUAUAGACUGAUCAUUUCUUUGUCAGUGGGCAAACGUACAAAAUCAGCAGGGGAUCAAAUACUUUUUCCCUCACUGUAUAUGUAUUAAAGUAGUCAAAAGUGUAUUAUUUGGUCCCAAAUUCCUAGCACGCAAUGAUUACACCAAGCUUUUGACUACAAACUUGUUGGAUGCAUUUGCUGUUUGUUUUGGUUGUGUUUCAGACAAUUUUGUGGCCAAUAGAAAUGAAUGGUAAAUAAUGUAUUGUGAUAUUUGGAGUCACUUUUAUUGUAAAUUAGAAUAGAAUAUGUUUCUUAACACUUCUACAUUAAUGUGGAUGCUACCAUGAUUACAGAUAGUCCUGAAUGAAUUGUGAAUAAUGACAAGUCAAAGUUAGACACAGAAAUAUCAUACACCCAAGACAUGCUAACCACUCACCAUUACAUUAAUAAUAUAAUAUAAUAUGCCAUUUAGCAGACACUUUUAUCCAAAGCGACUUACAGUCAUGCGUGCAUACAUUUUUGUGUAUGGGUGGUCCUGGGGGUCGAACCCACUACCUUGGCGUUAUAAGCGCCGUGCUCUACCAGCUCUACCAAAGGGAGGUUAGCCUUUUUGGGGGGUAUGAUAUUUGUGUGUCUAUCUUUCUCACUCAUCAUUAUUCACGAUUCAUUCAGGAAUAUCUGUAAUCAUGGUAGCAUCCACAUGAAUGUAGAAGUGUUUAGAAAUAUAUUCUUAUUUACAAUAAAAGUGACUCUAAAAUGACAGUACAUUAUUUACCAUUUGUAUUUAUUUACUUUUGUAUUUGUAUUUAUUAGGGAAUCACAUUAGCUGUUGCCAAGGCAGCAGCUCCUUUUCCUGGGGUCCAAACACAUUAAGGCACAUUCCAUAUAAAAUAGACUUUAGACUACUUUAAUACACAUAUAAGUGAAUUUGUCCCAAUACUUUUGAUCCCCUAAAAUGGGGGACUAUGUACAAAAAGUGCUGUAAUUUCUAAACCGUUCACCCGAUAUGGAUGAAAAUACCCUCAAAUUAAAGCUGAUAGUCUGCCCUAUUCAAAUCCAAAGUGCUGGAGUACAGAGCAAAAAGACGAAAAGAUGCUUCAUUGUCCCAAUAAUUACGGAGGGCACUGUAUUCACGUAUGAAUGUAAGUCGCUUUGGAUAAAAGCUUCUGCUAAAUGACAUAUUAUUAUAUAUAUUGUAUAUUACAUUGGGACAUGGUUGUAUCUUGACAUAUUACUCUACUUUUGAGGCCUGAAAAAAUCGGACAAAAUUUUAUUUUAUGACUUGAACAAUGUCAGUGCAGUGAAAUGGCGCUCGUAUGAGUUAGAUUAGUUUCAAAAACCAAGCAUGCAGGUGCCACGUAACACACAGAUAAUGUUGCACGCAUUAAAUCUAGUUUUGACAUUAUUUUAACUCCAUAUAGUUGUACAAUGCGAUGAGAUGCCACUUUUCUUGCUGGCUUAAGCGAUGCAUGUAUGCCUGGGUAAACCUAACGGUACUGACAGUGGUGAUGGCUCACUCUGCAUGCUGCUCCAUCCUCAGCUGAUGGCUCACUCUGCAUGCUGCUCCAUCCUCAGCUGAUGGCUCACUCUGCAUGCUGCUCCAUCCUCAGCUGAUGGCUCACUCUGCAUGCUGCUCCAUCCUCAGCUGAUGGCUCACUCUGCAUGCUGCUCCAUCCUCAGCUGAUGGCUCACUCUGCAUGCUGCUCCAUCCUCAGCUGAUGGCUCACUCUGCAUGCUGCUCCAUCCUCAGCUGAUGGCUCACUCUGCAUGCUGCUCCAUCCUCAGCUGAUGGCUCACUCUGCAUGCUGCUCCAUCCUCAUCUGAUGGCUCACUCUGCAUGCUGCUCCAUCCUCAGCUGAUGGCUCACUCUGCAUGCUGCUCCAUCCUCAGCUGAUGGCUCACUCUGCAUGCUGCUCCAUCCUCAGCUGAUGGCUCACUCUGCAUGCUGCUCCAUCCUCAGCUGAUGGCUCACUCUGCAUGCUGCUCCAUCCUCAUCUGAUGGCUCACUCUGCAUGCUGCUCCAUCCUCAGCUGAUGGCUCACUCUGCAUGCUGCUCCAUCCUCAGCUGAUGGCUCACUCUGCAUGCUGCUCCAUCCUCAUCUGAUGGCUCACUCUGCAUGCUGCUCCAUCCUCAUCUGAUGGCUCACUCUGCAUGCUGCUCCAUCCUCAGCUGAUGGCUCACUCUGCAUGCUGCUCCAUCCUCAUCUGAUGGCUCACUCUGCAUGCUGCUCCAUCCUCAUCUGAUGGCUCACUCUGCAUGCUGCUCCAUCCUCAGCUGAUGGCUCACUCUGCAUGCUGCUCCAUCCUCAUCUGAUGGCUCACUCUGCAUGCUGCUCCAUCCUCAUCUGAUGGCUCACUCUGCAUGCUGCUCCAUCCUCAGCUGAUGGCUCACUCUGCAUGCUGCUCCAUCCUCAGAGGGGCUGGGCUGCACAGAGAGGGAGAGCAGGGAGAGAGAGCGGAGAGAGAGAGAGAGAGGCGUAUCUGCAGUAUUUUCGGGCUAGGCAACAAGCUUCUCUCUUUCUCCCUCCCCUGGUGAAAGAGAUGAAGAUGAAUAAUAUAAUUCUAGUGAAGGACUGGAAGGAUUAUCUGCUAUAUACAGGAAGGGCUUAAAGCCAUGCGCGAGCUGCAGCAAAGCCCCUGGCAUUGAGACCAAGAAUAUCGCCUCGCCUGGCUACUCAAGGAGGCAGACAUCUUUUUGACCGGCUGGGCUCCCAAUAAGUCCACACGUAGCUAGACAUUUUCUGUCUGUUCCUACCACCUCUCUCACCAUCUUUUAUCUUCCACAGGGAAAUGCCACGCUCCAUCUCUACCCCCAUUUCCGACCACUCCUGGAGUUUAAAGGUAGGGUUUCCCCUGUCAUCGGAAAUACUUUCCAGUGUACGAGUCUGUUUGUGGCACCAUUAAUGUUUUUCUCUUGCGCAAGUAAUUACAGAGUAAAAUUGAUUGCCGUCUAACUUCCACAGCUUUAUAUUGGGCCUAUUUCACUGUUUUAUGCUGUAUUCCUAUUUUGAACCACCCAUUGUCAUUUUCACAGUGGCAGGAAAGUCUGCCCACCUGUAACUUAAUGACACAUUUGUGUGUUCCUGUCCAUUAUUCUUAUGGGAAGCACAUUUUGUUGCACCUCAGAACCACCUAAAAGUGUUUGCACCUGUUUGUAAAUACAGACCAUUUCACAGGAAACUGUUUUAAUUCCCUGUAAUUAAUGCACACUUUACACUGCUGCAAAGGCGUAAAGGAACAGUGCAGUUAAAAUAUGAUUUUCCUGUGAUAUAAAAAAAAAUAUAUAUAUAUAUAUAUAUAUUUAUUAUUAUUAUUUUUUUCCACACUGAGGUUGGAAUAAUACUAUGAAAUUGUGAAAAUUAUGAUAAUGCACUUUUAGUGUAAGCGCUGUUUGAAAAGACAUGUCAGCUUCCUUUUCACUCUGUCAGGCGGUAUAUGUUUUUAAUAGACCAAUAACAAACAACAGCUAGUUUUCAGGUUACACAUCCCUCCCAUUAGGCUCCUCCAAUUAGGCCCCCCUCUCACUCAGACCACUCCCAGACAGUCCUAGCUAAAUUCUUGCUUGAGAAAUUGCAUUUAGCAAAGAAGCUAUUUUUGUUUCUUUUUGACCAUUUUAAUUGAAGAAAAUGGCUACAUUGGACCUUUUUAAAGUUGUAAAUCUGACCCAAGUGACUUUGUCCACGGUAUCAGAACAUUGCAUCAAAUCUACUUGGAAUGCAUUGAUUUCUUAUUGAAGUAUUGGUUCAAACAUGACCAGUGUAACCUACUGCUGCUUGGUUCCCUCCAUAGGGUGUGUCUGUCUGAUAGGCGCUAGAGCUUAUAGGUCGUUGGUCUUGAUGACUAACGCUCAAUUCUGAGUCAUCAAGUCUGGUUGCGUCUCAGAUGUCUAAAUAGUGCACACUACGAUGAGAGCCCUGUUCCCUAUAUAGUAAACGAUUUGACCAGAGCCGUUUGGGCUCUGGUCAGAAGUAGUGCACUUUAUAGGGAAUAGGGUGCCAUUUGGUAUGCACUAUAUAGGGAAUAGGGUGCCAUUUGGUACGCACAAUAUAGGGAAUAGGGUGCCAUUUGGUACGCACAAUAUAGGGAAUAGGGUGCCAUUUGGUACGCACUAUAUAGGGAAUAGGGUGCCAUUUGGUACGCACUAAAAUAGGGAAUAGGGUGCCAUUUGGUACGCACUAUAUAGGGAAUAGGGUGCCAUUUGGUAUGCGCACUCUGAAUAUAUCAGGGUUGUUUACCACUUCAUCUGUGCUGCAGACUCUGUGUGGUUGCUUUUCACUGUCAUUUAUAUCUUGGAAGAUGGAGGUGAAACUGGGAUUACAUAGGACCGUCAGACUAUAGAGUAGCGGCAGUAGGUUGGAUCUCCAAUGUGGUGGCUACUAGGUAGCUGCUAAUAAUAAUGUAGAUACGGUUUUGGAGGGUGUGCCCAAGGUGUCUCAGCCCAGGGGAGGGCUGUGCAGUGCGGCUCAGUGUGUCUCCACAUUGACAGUGAGAUGUGUACAGAGAGAGAGCGAGAUAGAGAGGGUUCACAGAGUGCAGAGUGCACACUACUGUACGGAGCUGUAAGUCACACGCCCCAUCGACGGCAAUGCGGUGGAGUCAGGAGGAGGAGCAGCUGAGAAAUGUCACGGCCAUUAGAGAUGGAGCAGCCAAGGCACCAGCAGCAGCCAAUGCCACUGACUGAGGAGCCACAGGCCGCCCGCCGGCGCUGAAGAAUCAUCAUGGAUCUGUCCUGGAUACAGCUAGCUAUUUAUCUUCACAUCACCACCGACGCCAACGCCGCUCUCCAAAGACAUGUUGAGAUGUUAUUAGGCGGCGGAGGAUGACUCAUCGAAACGCUGUUUGAUAUCUGUCUUCCGUGAGAUUAUUGCCAUUUGUUUGCUGGUUUAUACUUGUCUUUCAAGACUAAUUUCUCUAUUUGCUUGACACUCUUGUCAGAACAAGUGUGUACUCCUGAGGAACAGGUGUUUAAUCAAGUAAUACGUUUAGUAUCAUUUCCAUAGUGUUGGAACAGCAGUCUUUAAUCAAUCUCUUGUUAAGAGGUUACGUUCAGAUCUCAAAUUUGAUGUACAGCAUCAAAAUGUCAAGUCAAGUUAUCCGUUUUGACAGCCGUCAGUUUGGUCCAACUCUGGUUAGGUAUACUAUACUACAGUACUUGAGUUUGCCUGGAUUGGGUUUAACACAGUUGGGCCAUAUGUAUCAAACAAGGAUCAGCGCCCCCUGUCCCUAUAAUCUUAUUCAUUGUGACCUAAAAGGCAAAACUGAUCCUAAAUCGGCACUCCUACUUCGAGACGCUUGAUAUAAACGCCCCCUGCCCUGUGCUGCCCCUCAGGGUCACAUUUUCUUGCAGUGAAGCAGCAUUUUUUGCAGCCUUUGACCUUAUCCUGGUGCACUGGAUAUGCUGGAUAUCUAUCCCUCUCUGUCUGAGGUGGCAAGCUCAGCGCUAACAGGGCCAGAAUAGAAUAUCACUCUCUUUACCUUUUCACCUUUCAAGAAGCUUAUUGGGGCCUCUUGCAAUUAAGGAAUCUAUUCCAUACUGGGGCAGCAUGUCUGUAUCUAAUCUAUCUGAUUGGCUAUUUUUAGGUGUUCUUCUUCUUGCAUACUGACAACGGUAGUAGCACAAGUUGUCUCCUGUCUGUUAACCCCUAUAGGAGCGGACACAGGAGUCUGUGCUGCACGCUUAAUGUCUUAUAACUGGACCCAACUGGAGCGCAGUAAUGGGCGCUGGACCUCGUUAACUGUGUUUGACAUGCCCCUCUGUUUUGCCGUGAAAGGGACCUUGUCCUUGAGUCUUGGUUGUGUUGUGAUUGGAGACAGGGCUGUGUGGGUGGAAAUCUAUGGAGACAUCUCAUCUUGUCUCGAGCCGCUGGGGAGAUUGACGCAUUAGGGGAGCGAGCACCGAGCAGCCAUGUUGAUGUAGGAGAAUGUUGGGAAUGUGCACCAACAGCAAGAGCAGCACAAGGCUGUGAUUUAUACUGGCUGGUAACACCUGCCUCUCGCAAUGAAAAAGCCCCAGUGUCAUCCCAAGUGGGGGAGGAAGGUGGGUAUGUGUCUCAACAGUCAUCCUGUUCUGAUUCUGAGGGAAGGGGUUGGGGGAGGGUCAGUCAUAGCUACAGUACAUGGUGUAUGUGUCAUGUCACUGUGCGUUGCUUCACAGUCGUUCUUCACUGGCUAGCUUUAUGUCUCACUCCCUUCUGUAAAGCUGCCAGUUGAAGAGCUGUUGUGGGUAACACUUACUACAGGCCUCUCUGCAGAUGGGGAUUGUAAGGCAUAAUUCAGACCUUACGAGUCAAAUUGAGGGUUGAUCUCUGAGGGCAUGUUUUGUUUUUGCCUGAGGAGAGGGUUUUUAGUGAAGUAGCCUACUGCACUGUAAAACAAUGUGUACUACUAGCUCUGGAUCCAAUCAAAAGGUUAUUGAAAUUGUUUACAAAUGGUUAAUCCUAAUUGUUACUGCAGGUGUAUCCAAAACCGUUUAGUAAUUUUUUUUUUAGAAUAGACAGUUCUUGCAGACUAGCACCGCGGGCAGCAUCCUCAGCUUUCCAAGUAUUGAUCGCACUGCAGCUUUAUGGGCAACAAAUUAAACAGACUGGUGCUGACAGCCUUCAGCGGGACUCCACUUCUUAUUGAUCACCCACAAGUUCUCCAGAAAGGGCCACACUUUAGUCCAGCUUACUUUACUGUAUGUGCCUUCAGAAAGUAUUCACACCCUUUGACUUUUUCCACAUAUUGUUGUGUUACAGACUGAAUUUAAAAUGGAUUAUAUUGAGAUUUUUUGUCACUGGUCUACACACAAUACCCCAUAAUGUCAAAGUGGAAUUAUGUUUUUAAACAUUUUUACAAAUUAAUUACAAAUGAAAAGUUUAAUCUUGAGUCAAUAAGUAUUCAACCCCUUUGUUAUUGGCAAGCCUAAAUAAGUUAGGAGUAAAAAUGUGAUUAACAAGUCACAUAAUAAGUUGCAUGAACUCAUUCUGUGUGUAAUAAUAAUGUUUAACAUGAUUUUUGAAUGACUACCUCAUCUCUGUACCCCACAUGUAUAAUUAUCUAUAAGGUCCCUUAGUCAAGCAGUGAAUUUCAAACACAGAUUCAACCGCAAAGACCAGGGAAGUUUUCCAAGGUCUCGUAAAGAAGGCCAACCAUUGGUAGAUGGGUCAAAAAUAAAAAGCAGACAUUGAAUAUCCAUUUGAGCAUGGUAUAGUUAUUAAUUACAAUUUGGAUGGUGUAUCAAUAAAUCCAGUCACUACAAAGAUACAGGCGUUCUUCCUAACUCAGUUGCCGGAGAGGAUGGAAACCGCUCAGGGAUUUCACCAGGAGGCCAAUGGUGACUUUAAAACAGUUACAGAGUUUAAUGGCUGUGAUAGGAGAAAACUGAGGAUGGAUCAACAACUUUGUAGUUACUCCACAAUACUAACCUAAUUGACAGAGUGAAAAGAAGGAAGCCUGUACAGAAUAAUAAAUAUUCCAAAACAUGCAUCAUGGCAAAGCAAUUAACUUUUUGUCUUGAAUACAAAGUGUUAUGUUUGGGGCAAAUACAACACAUUACUGAGUACCACUCACUAUUUUCAAGCAUAGUGGUGGCUGCAUCAUGUUAUGGGUAUGCUUGUAAUCGUUAAGGACUGGGGAGUUCAGGAUUAAAAAGAAACAGAAUGGAAAUAAGCACAGGCAAAAUCCUAGAGGAAAGACUGAACCAGGUUGCUUUCGACCAGACACUGGGAGAUGAAUUCACCUCUCAACAGGACAAUAACCUGAAACAUAAGGCCAAAUCUACACUGGAGUUGCUUACCAAGAAGACAGUGAAUGUUCCUGAGUGGCCGAGUUACAUUUUUGACUUAAAUCUACUUGAAAAUCUAUGGCAAGACCUGAAAUUGGUUGUCUAGCAAUGAUCAACAACCAAUUUGACAGAGCUUGAAGAAUUUGUUAAAGAUUAAUGGACAAAUGUUGCACAAUCCAGGUGUGGAAAGCUCUUAGACUUACCCAGAAAGACUCACAGCUGUAAUCGCUGCCAAAGGUGCUUCCACAAAGUAUUGACUCAGGGAAUACUUAUGUAAAUGAGAUAUUUAUGUAUUUCAUUUUCAAUACAUUUGCAAACAUAAAAAAAUAAAAUAAAAAAAUCAGUUUGUCAUUAUGGGGUAUUGUGUGUAGAUGGGUGAGAAUUUUUAAAUAUUUAAUCCAUUUUGAAUUCAGGCUGUAACACAACAAAAUGUGGAAUAAGUCAAAGGGUGUGAAUACUUUCUGAAGGCACUGUAUGCACACAGCCAGUCCCAAUUCACUCCUUACCUCUUCCUCUUGGCCCCUUCAAUGUUUGCAGAUCUGUAAUGUGGAAGCAAUAUGGUGGAAGCUCCACCACUACACUGCUUACACCUAUCCAGACCUUACAGAUCUGACAAAGGUAAAGGGUUAGGGCAUAGGGGGAGGGAUAAGGAGCAAAUUGGGGCCAUGCUGACUUUGUUGUGUUGUAGGUGUUACGGACUAUCUGUCGGCUGAGAUCUCCACCUCCAAGCAGAAGAAGUUUAGCCUGGUGACGUUCGUGGACACACCGGGCCUGGUGGAUGGGGACAUGGUCUAUCCCUUUGAUGUCAACCGCGCUAUCACGUCGUUUGGUAUGACUCAUUCCCUUCGCUGGUGUGGCUUGACAUACAGUAUACGCACACAUGCACACACACACACCCUGAUCCCGUCACAUAGGCAGGACUGCAUCACCUUGUGUAAUCAUUAUGGUAUGUUGGUGGGUGGGGGAGGAUGGGAUAUCACAAAGAGGAUAUAUUUUGUAUCACUCUAAUGCCUAGUCACUUUACUCUGCCUUCAUGUACAUAUCUACCUCAAAUACCUCCUACCUCUGCACAUUGAUCUGGUACUGGUACUCUGUAUAGAGCUCCAUUUUUGUAUUUUAUUUUAUUCCUCUUGUGUUGCUAUUGUUGGGAAGGGCUCGUAAGCAAGCAUUUCAAGGUAAAGUCUACACCCAGUUGUAUUCGGCGCAUGUGACAAUUUUAUUUUUAAAUAAAAACAUUCUACAUGGGGGUGCCUCUUUCCAGGGGAGCAGGCGGACCUGGUCUUUGUGUUCUUUGACCCCAUGGGCCAGGCGCUGUGCAAGCGCACGCUCAACAUUGUGGAGAAGCUGAGCGAUAAGGUUGCGGACAAGCUGCGCUUCUACCUCAGCAAGGCAGAUGAAGCCGGGAGGGAGACGGACAGACAGGUCAGUUACUCUUCGACGAUGCACUGUCCAUUUAACCUCCAUCUAGAUCCCUCUGCUGUCCGUGCAGUGACUGGAUCAAUGUCUGUAGAGAAAAAUGUGUGUUCAUUUAUGCUAGUUGGUUCAGAAUGGAUUAGAUUUUGAAGCACAUUAUGGCAGUUGCUGUGUUGUAUAACAAUUGUAUUACAUGUACUUUUAUUAUCACAUCAUAAUUAAGCAAUAAAGCCAGAGGAGUGUGGUAUAUGGCCAAUAUACCACGGCUAAGGGCUGUGGUAUACGUGGUGUGACUGGACAACGCGGAGUGCCUGCACAUAGCCCUUAGCCGUAGUAUAUUGGCCAUAUAUCUCAACCCCCUGAGGAACAGUAAAAAUACAUGUUUUGUAUACCCGAUCUGAUACAGUGCAUUCAGAAAGUAUUCACACCCCUUCCCUUUUGUUACGUUACAGCAUUAUUCUAGAAUGUAUUAAAUAAAUAUGUUUCCUCAUCAAUCUACACACAAUACCCCAUAAUGACAAAGCCAAAACAGGUUUGUAGAAAUGUUUGCAAAUGUAUUAAAAAUAAAAAACAGAUUCGGACCCUUUGCUAUGAGACUCGAAAUUGAGCUCAGGUGCAUCCUGUUUCCAUUGAUCAUCCUUGAGAUGUUUCUACAACUUGAUUGGAGUUCACCUGUGGUAAAUUCAAUUGUUUGGACAUUAUUUGCAAAGGCACACACCUGUCUAUAUAAGUUCCCACAGUUGACAGUGCAUGUCAAAGCAAAAACCAAGCCAUGAGGUCGAAGGAACUGUCCGUAGAGGUCCGAGACAGGAUUAUGUCGAGACACAGAUCUGGGGAAGGGUACCGAACAUUUCUGCAGCAUUGAAGGUCCCCAAGAACACAGUGGCCUCCAUCAUUCUUAAAUGGAAGAAGUUUGGAACUACCAAGAUCUUCCUAGAGCUGGCCGCCCGGCCAAACUGAGCAAUCGGGGGAGAAGGGCCUUGGUCAGGGAGGUGACCAAGAGCACGAUGGUCACUCUGACAAAGUUCCUCUGUGGAGAUGGGAAAACCUUCCAGAAGGACAACGAUCUCUGCAGCACUCCACCAAUCAGGCCUUUAUGGUAGAGUGGCCAGACGGAAGCAACUCCUCAGUAAAAGGCACAUGAUAGCCCGUUUGGAGUUGCCAAAAGGCACCUGAAGGACUCUGAGAAACAAGAUUUUCUGGUCUGAUGUAACCAAGAUUGAACUCUUUGGCCUGAAUGCCAAGCGUCACGUCUGGAGGAAACCUAGCACCAUCCCUACGGUGAAGCAUGGUGGUGGCAGCAUCAUGCUGUGGAGAUGUUUUUCAGCGACAGGGACUGGGAGACUAGUCAGGAUCGAGGGAAAGAUGAACGGAGCAAAGUACAGAGAGAUCCUUGAUGAAAACCUGCUCCAGAGCGCUCAGGACCUCAGACUGGGGCGAAGGUUCACCUUCCAACAGGACAACGACCCUAAGCACACAGCCAAGACAAUGCAGGAAUGGCUUCGGGACAAGUCUCUGAAUGUCGAGUGGCCCAGCCAGAGCUCGGACUUGAACCGGAUCGAUCAUCUCUGGAGAGACCUGAAAAUAGCUGUGCAGUGAAGCUCCCCAUCCAACCUGACAGAGCUUGAGAGGAUCUGCAGAGAAGAAUUGGAGAAACUCCCCAAAUACAGGUGUGCCAAGCUUGUAGCGUCAUACCCAAGAAGACUCGAGGCUGUAAUCGCUGCCUAAGGUGCUUCAACAAAGUGCUGAAUAAAGGGUCUGAAUACUUAUGUAAGUGGGAUAUUUCAGUUUUUGCUUUGUCAUUAUGGGGUAUUGUAUGUAGAUUGAUGAGGGAAAGAGUCAAGGGGUCUGAAUACUUUCCGAAUGCACUGUAUACCACGGCUGUCAGCCAAGCAGCAUUCAGGGCUCAAAUCAACCAGCUUAUGUAUUAUAGCACAUGUUAUUUCCCCAAGCUUAGAAUAUUGCAUACAUGGAAUACCUAGAAUACCUUUCCUGUUUAAUUUGUUGUUUUCCCAUGAACAGCGUGUCAUGAUGCAGAUAGUUCAGGAACUGUGUCGCCGACCAGGGCUGAACAAGUGUGGCUUUGAGAUGCCCACCAUAUACAUCCCCAACCCCCAGAAGGUAAGACAUCAUGGACUUAGGCUAGACAAGUCUAUCCAGAGACCUCGUCCAAUAUAGAAGACCCUAGUCCAGAUAAUCAGGGCUGGCAACAUUCUAAAAAUCUCUGCACAAAGUCACAAAUAUAGGUUGAAAAGCAUUCUCAAAGCAUUUCCUGAUAAUUCAAUGUGUAUGUACAAUGAGAACAAAAUGUCUUGGGGUUUUUUCACAGGAUAUUUAGGCCCACCCACCGUACCGCCCUCUGUCCCUGUUUGGCUUGCCUCACAGUUAAUGUGACAGUCAUUCAAGUAGUAUUUUUAUACAUCUCUACUGAACUUAUAAUUAAUAGGGUAUUUAGGAUAGAUAUGAGGCUUUUAUGUGCAAAAUAAUUAUAUUUUGAAACCAUGUGAACAGUGGACGAAUGAGAAAAAAAAUAUUAAACCCAUGACACUGUCCUCUGGAGGGAGGCUAUGGAGUUGUUUCAGAACAUUUCCGUCAAGUGUAGCCUACUCCCUGUAAUCGAUCUUCAGCUGUUGAACAUCGUUGGGUUAGGUCUGGAUUUUAGGCACUCCCAAUCAGGAGAUCUGAUGGCUGUGGAUCGCUGAGAACAGGAUGAAUCACUUUUAUUAUGACAGCUGGGAGAGUUAUAUGCCGUCUCAGGGGGACUAGGUGUUGUAAACCACCGGGCCUGAUCAGCCACCUUUAGCAGCCUCAGGCCUGAGUGAUCGCUCCCUCAUCCGGUGAUCAAUGGUUGUGAGGCUGUGCGAUGGAUGGUUGGUGGAUUUAUACAUUCGUCCUGCACCAAUUAAUUUCCGCUGAGAGAGGGAGGCCCCACUAUACCAGAAAGUACACAAGGCGUGCCGGAGUCAGUGGUCUAAGCUCCUUUUAAAACGUUUUUUUACUCAGGCCUGAGGCUGCUAAAGGUAGCUGAUCAGGCCCGGGGGUUUACAACCCCUAGUCCCCCCCCUGGUUGCUUUUCCUUCACUCUGCGGUCCAACUCAUCCCAAACCAUCUCAAUUGGGUUGAAGUCGGGUGAUUAUGGAGGCCAGGUCAUCUGAUGCAGCACUCCAUGGCACUCCUUCUUGGUUAAAUAACCCAUACACAGCCUGGAGGUGUGUUGGGUCAUUGUCCUGUUGAAAAACAAAUGAUAGUCCCACUAAGCGCAAACUAGAUGGGAUGGCGUAUCGCUGCAGAAUGCUGUGGUAGCCAUGCUGGUUAAGUGUGCCUUGAAUUCUAAAUAAAUCACUGACAGUUUCACCAGCAAAGCACCUCCACACCUCCUCCUCCAUGCUUCACGGUGGGACCCACACAUGCGGAGAUCAUCCGUUCACCUACUCUGCGUCUCAUCACAAAGACACGGCAGUUGGAACCAAAAAUCUCACAUUUGGUCGUGUUUCUUGGCACAAGCAGGUCUCUUCUUCUUAUUGGUGUACUUUAGUAGUGGUUUCUUUGUAGCAAUUCGACCAUGAAGGCCUGAUUCACGCAGUCUCCUCUGAACAGUUGAUGUUGAGAUGUGUCUGUUACUUGAACUCUGUGAAGCAUUUAUUUGGCCUGCAAUUUAUGAGGCUGGUAACUCUAAUUAACUUGUCCUCUGCAGCAGAGGUAACUCUGGGUCUUCCUUUCCUGUGGUGGUCCUCAUGAGAGCCAGUUUCAUCAUAGCGCUUGAUGGUUUUUGCAACUGCACUUGAAGAAACGUUCAAAGUUCUUGAAAAUUUCAGUUUUGACUGUCCAUCAUGUCUUAAAGUAAUGGUGGGCUGUUGUUUCGCUUUGCUUAUUUGAGCUGUUCUUGCCAUAAUAUGGACUUGGUAUCUUACCAAAUAGGGCUAUCUUCUGUAUACCACCCCACCUUGUCACAACACAACUGAUUGGUUGAAACGCAUUAAGAAGGAAAGAAAUUCCACAAAUUUACUUUUAACAAGGCACACCUGUUAAUUGAAAUGCAUUCCAGGUGACUACCUCCAUGAAGUUGGUUGAGAGAAUGCCAAGAGUGUGCAAAGCUGUCAUCAAGGCAAAGGGUGGCUACUUUGAAGAAUCUCAAAUAUAAAAUAUAUUUUGAUUUGUUUAACACUUUUUGGUUUACUACAUGAUUCCAUAUGUGUUAUUUCAUAGUUUUGAUGUCUUCACUAUUAUUCUACAAUAUAGAAAAUAGUAAAAAUAAAGAAAAACACUUGAAUGAGUAGGUGUGUCCAAACUUAUGACUGGUACUGUAUGUGUAUAUAAACUCAGCAAAAAAAGAAAUGUCCUCACUGUCAACUGCGUUUAUUUUCAGCAAACUUAACAUGUGUAAACAUUUGUAUGAACAUAACAAGAUUCAACAACUGAGACAUAAACUGAACAAGUUCCACAGACAUGUGACUAACAGAAAUGGAAUAAUGUGUGCCUGAAGAAAGGGGGGGUCAAAAGUAACAGUCAGUAUCUGGAGUGGCCACCAGCUGCAUUAAGGACUGCAAUGCAUCUCCUCCUCAUGGACUGCACCAGAUUUGCCAGUUCUUGCUGUGAGAUGUUACCCCACUCUUCCACCAAGGCACCUGCAAGUUCCCAGACAUUUCUGGGGGGAAUGGCCCUAGCCCUCACCCUCCGAUCCAACAGGUCCCAGACGUGCUCAAUGGGAUUGAGAUCCGGGCUCUUCGCUGGCCAUGGCAGAACACUGACAUUCCUGUCUUGCAGGAAAUCACGCACAGAACGAGCAGUAUGGCUGGUGGCAUUGUCAUGCUGGAGGGUCAUGUCAGGAUGAGCCUGCGGGAAGGGUACCACAUGAGGGAGGAGGAUGUCUUCCCUGUAACGCACAGCGUUGAGAUUGCCUGCAAUGACAACAAGCUCAGUCCGAUGAUGCUGUGACACACCGCCCCAGACCGUGACGGACCCUCCACCUCCAAAUCGAUCCGCUUCAGAGUACAGGCCUCGAUGUAACGCUCAUUCCUUCGACGAUCAACGCGAAUCCGUCCAUCACCCCUGGUGAGACAAAAUCGUCAGUGAAGAGCACUUUUUGCCAGUCCUGUCUGGUCCAGCGAUGGUGGGUUUUGUGCCCAUAGGCGACGUUGUUGCCGGUGAUGUCUGGUGAGGACCUGCCUUACAACAGGCCUACAAGCCUUCAGUCCAGCCCCUCUCAGCCUAUUGCGGACAGUCUGAGCACUGAUGGAGGGAUUGUGUGUUCCUGGUGUAACUCGGGCAGUUGUUGUUGCCAUCCUGUACCUGUCCCGCAGGUGUGAUGUUCGGAUGUACCGAUCCUGUGCAGUUGUUGUGACACGUGGUCUGCCACUGCGAGGACAGUCAGCUGUCCGUCCUGUCUCUCUGUAGCGCUGUCUUAGUCGUCUCACAGUACGGACAUUGCAAUUUAUUGCCCUGGCCACAUCUGCAGUCCUCAUGCCUCCUUGCAGCAUGCCUAAGGCACGUUCACGCAGAUGAGCAGGGACCCUGGGCAUCUUUCUUUUGGUGUUUUUCAGAGUCAGUAGAAAGGCCUCUUUAGUGUCUUAAGUUUUCAUAACUGUGACCUUAAUUGCCUACCGUCUGUAAGCUGUUAGUGUCUUAACGACCGUUCCACAGGUGCAUGUUCAUUAAUUGUGUAUGGUUAAUUGAACAAGCAUGGGAAACAGUGUUUAAACCCCUUAUAAUGAAGAUAUUUUGAUUUUUACAAAUUAUCUUUGAAAGACAGGGUCCUGAAAAAGGGACGUUUCUUUUUUUGCUGAGUGUUUAUAUAUACACUGCUCAAAAAAAUAAAGGGAACACUUAAACAACACAAUGUAACUCCAAGUCAAUCACACUUCUGUGAAAUCAAACUGUCCACUUAGGAAGCAACACUGAUUGACAAUACAUUUCACAUGCUGUUGUGCAAAUGGAAUAGACAACAGGUGGAAAUUAUAGGCAAUUUGCAAGACACCCCCAAUAAAGGACUGGUUUUGCAGGUGGUGACCACAGACCACUUCUCAGUUCCAAUGCUUCCUGGCUGAUGUUUUGGUCACUUUUGAAUGCUGGCGGUGCUUUCACUCUAGUGGUAGCAUGAGAUGGAGUCUACAACCCACACAAGUGGCUCAGGUAGUGCAGCUCAUCCAGGAUGGCACAUCAAUGCGAGCUGUGGCAAGAAGGUUUGCUGUGUCUGUCAGCGUAGUGUCCAGAGCAUGGAGGCGCUACCAGGAGACAGGCCAGUACAUCAGGAGACGUGGAGGAGGCCGUAGGAGGGCAACAACCCAGCAGCAGGACUGCUACCUCCACCUUUGUGCAAGGAGGAGCAGGAGGAGCACUGCCAGAGCCCUGCAAAAUGACCUCCAGCAGGCCACAAAUGUGCAUGUGUCUGCUCAAACGGUCAGAAACAGACUCCAUGAGGGUGGUAUGAGGGCCCGACGUCCACAGGUGGGGGUUGUGCUUACAGCCCAACACCGUGCAGGACGUUUGGCAUUUGCCAGAGAACACCAAGAUUGGCAAAUUCACCACUGGCGCCCUGUGCUCUUCACAGAUGAAAGCAGGUUCACACUGAGCACGUGACAGACGUGACAGAGUCUGGAGACGCCGUGGAGAACGUUCUGCUGCCUGCAACAUCCACCAGCAUGACCGGUUUGGCGGUGGGUUAGUCAUGGUGUGGGGUGGCAUUUCUUUGGGGGGCCACACAGCCCUCCAUGUGCUCGCCAGAGGUAGCCUGACUGCCAUUAGGUACCGAGAUGAGAUUCUCAGACCCCUUGUGAGACCAUAUGCUAGUGCGGUUGGCCCUGGGUUCCUCCUAAUGCAAGACAAUGCUAGACCUCAUGUGGCUGGAGUGUGUCAGCAGUUCCUGCAAGAGGAAGGCAUUGAUGCAAUGGACUGGCCCGCCCGUUCCCCAGACCUGAAUCCAAUUGAGCACAUCUGGGACAUCAUGUCUCGCUCCAUCCACCAACGCCACGUUGCACCACAGACUGUCCAGGAGUUGGCGGAUGCUUUAGUCCAGGUCUGGGAGGAGAUCCCUCAGGAGACCAUCCGCCACCUCAUCAGGAGCAUGCCCAGAGCAUGCCUACUGAGCCUCAUUUUGACUUGUUUUAAGGACAUUACAUCAAAGUUGGAUCAGCCUGUAGUGUGGUUUUCCACUUUAAAUUUGAGGGUGACUCCAAAUCCAGACCUCCAUGGGUUGAUAAAUUUGAUUUCCAUUGAUAAUUUUUGUGUGAUUUUGUUGUCAGCACAUUCAACUAUGUAAAGAAAAAAGUAUUUAAUAAGAUUAUUUCAUUCAUUCAGAUCUAGGAUGUGUUAUUUUAGUGUUCCCUUAAUUUUUUUGAGCAGUGUGUGUGUGUAUGUAUAUAUAUAUAUGUAUGUAUAUGUAUGUAUAUGUAUAUGUGUAUAUAUAUGUGUGUGUAUAUAUGUAUGUAUGUAUGUAUGUAUGUGUGUGUGUAUAUAUAUAUAUAUAUAUAUAUAUAUAUAUAUAUAUAUAUAUAUAUAUAUAUAUAUAUAUAUAUAUAUAUAUAUAUAUAUAUAUAUAUAUAUAUAUAGUUGAAGUCGGAAGUUUACAUACACUGGAGUCAUUAAAACCACUCCACAAAUUUCCUGUUAACAAACUAUAGUUUUGGAUAGUCGGUUAGGACAUCUACUUUGUGGAUGACACAAGUAAUUUUUCCAACAAUUGUUUACAGACAGAUUAUUUCACUGUAUCACAAUUCCAGUGGGUCAGAAGUUUACAUACACUAAGUUGACUGUGCCUUUAAACUGAAAAUGAUGUCAUGGCUUUAGAAGCUUCUGAUAGGCUAAUUGACAUAAUUUGAGUCAUUUGGAGGUGUACCUGUGGAUGUAUUUCAAGGCCUACCUUCAAACUCAGUGCCUCUUUGCUUGACAUCAUGGGAAAAUUAAAAUAAAUCAGCCAAGACCUCAGAAAAUAAAUUGUAGACCUCCACAAGUCUGGUUCAUUCUUGGGAGCAAUUUCCAAACGCCUGAAUGUACCACGUUCAUCUGUACAAACAAUAGUACGCAAGUAUAAACACCAUGGGACCACGCAGCCGUCAUACCGCUCAGGAAGGAGACGCGUUCUGUCUCCUAGAGAUGAACGUACUUUGGUGCGAAAAGUGCAAAUCAAUCCCAGAACAACAGCAAAGGACUUUGUGAAGAUGCUGGAGGAAACAGGUACAAAAGUAUCUAUAUCCACAGUAAAACGAGUCCUAUAUCGACAUAACCUGAAAGGCCGCUCAGCAAGGAAGAAGCCACUGCUCCAAAACCACCAUAAAAAAGCCAGAUUACAGUUUGCAACUGCACAUUGGGACAAAGAUCGUACUUUUUGGAGAAAUGUCAUCUGGUCUGAUGAAACAAAAAUAGAACCGUUUGGCCAUAAUGACCAUCGUUAUGUUUGGAGGAAAAAGGGUGUUGCUUGCAAGCCGAAGAACACCAUCCCAACCGUGAAGCACUGGGGUGGCAGCAUCAUGCUGUUGGGGUGCUUUACUGCAGGCAGGACUGGUGCACUUCAAAAAAUAGAUGGCAUCAUGAGGAAGGAAAAUUAUGUGGAUAUAUUGAAGCAACAUCUCAAGACAUCAGUCAGGAAGUUAAAGCUUGGUCGCAAAUGGGUCUUCAAAAUGGACAAUGACCCCAAGCAUACUUCAAAAGUUGUGGCAAAAUGGCUUAAGGACAACAAAGUCAAGGUAUUGGAGUGGCCAUCACAAAGCCCUGACCUCAAUCAGAGUCACAUUUGUGGGCAGAACUGAAAAGGCGUGUGCGAGCAAGGAAGCCUACAAACCUGACUCAGUUACACCAGCUCUGUCAGGAGGAAUGGGCCAAAAUUCACCCAAUUUAUUGUGGGAAGCUUGUGGAAGGCUACCCGAAACGUUUGACCCAAGUUAAACAAUUUAAAGGCAAUGAUACCAAAUACUAAUUGAGUGUAUAUAAACUUCUGACCCACUGGGAAUGUGAUGAAAGAAAUAAAAGUUGAAAUAAAUAAUUCUCUCUACUAUUAUUCUGACAUUUCACACUUAAAAUAAAGUGGUGAUCCUAGCUGACCUAAGACAGGGAAUCUUUACUAGGAUUAAAUGUCAGGAAUUGUGAAAAACUGAGUUUAAAUGUAUUUGGCUAAGGUGUAUGUAAACUUCUGACUUCAACUCUAAAUACUUUACACCACUGAGACCUAAUGUGUCCGAGAGGCCGAGCAGUUGCCAUACCAGGCGGUGAUGCAACCAUUCAGGAUGCUCUUGAUGGUGCAGCUGUAGAACUUUUUGAGGAUCUGGGGACACAUGCCAAAUCUUUUGUUUCCUGAGGGGCAAUAGGCGAGGUCGUGCCCUCUUCACGACUGUCUUGGUGUGUUUGGACCAUGAUCAAAAUGCCUCUAUAUUACUGCCAAAUCACUAUUCCAACAAAGUCUGGCCAAUACACUCAACUUUCAUAGAGUGUCAUAACCACUGUCAAUUGAAACUCAAAAUCCCAAAUGCAAUAAGUGUACUUUAUGGAUGAUGAUGUUGUGUGACCGAGGUUAGCUGCUUAUUCCUCUGUCCUGUUGUCCAGCUGAGCCGGUGUGUGAACCAGAUCGACGGAGUUUGUCAGACAAUAGAGAAGACCAUCAACCAGGCCGUCCAGAAGACACUGGACCAGCUGGAGAAGGACUGUGACCUCAUCUCCUCCACAAUCGACAGCAAAUUGGCCCAGGACAGGUAAGAGCAGGAAACGAUAGGUAGCCUAGUGGUUUGAGAGGUGGACCAGUAACCAAAAGGUUGGGCCUGAACUGGCCACUGGAGAGUUGCUGGUGUCACGCUACUGUUGUGCCCUUGAGCAAGGCACUGAACCCCAAAAAUAGGAGACCAGGCUAUUCCUCUCUUAUUGCCUUUACAUGCCACAAAGCUCCAUUAACCCCUUGGCCUCUGUCUGUGUUCCUGCAGGGCGGACUUGAGUUUCAACAGCAGUGUCCGUCUGCACUCCUUCCUGUGUGGGGCGCUGGGCAUCCUCUUGCCGUGCCUUUCCAUUCUCAGCUUUAUCGUCAACACCCUCUCCCCAGAGGAGUUGCAGGAGCUGCUGGGAGAAGGGCUGGCCAAAGCCCUUUGGCUCUCCACGGUAGGUAACCUCUGACUCCUAACCCCUGACUGUAACAUUCAUACCCUGAAUUCCAAAUCGCCCCCUAGCCCCUCCUCCCUAGGCACUCCUGUAGAUGCAUUACGAUGCUGUUCUAAUGCAUUUUAAGACUUGUCAUGAGCAUGACUAACCCAGACUCGGAAUCAGAAUAAUUUUCCUUUGCCUCAAAAUACUGGACAAAAUACUGUUCUAAAUACUGCUGCUAUGCUCGUCUCAACAGGGUGUAGUGGUCUUUCUGUGGGAUUGGAUACCAGAAGAUGGCCAGAUAUUGUUUGUGAUCAUAUUUGGUGCACUCUGCUACUUUUUCUUAUGUCUCGCCAAGUAUUUUGCCCGGUAAGCAGAAUCCGUCACGCACAAAAAAACACACAGAAAUCCAUCACUUACGCCGUUUUUUCCCCACUCAUGGAAUACGUUUCCCACUUUGAUUGACAGCCGUUGUCAUGUGAUUGUGUCCUCAGCCAAGGGAAUAGGACUCUGACGAAGAAGGAGAAGAGAACCCUCACAGAGUACAGUGAUUACGUCCAGGAUGUCGUCAAAGCCAAGAAGGUGAGAUUUCAUUGCAAUAAUUAUCAUUCUGCAAUUCGGUUGAAGAAGCUGUGUAUUCAGGUGUAUCUAUUAGAUAUAUUUCUGAGGCAUGAAAUGUGCUACGUACAUGUCAUCUGUAUACCAUUCUCAACUUAUUUCAACAGGGAAAACUAUAUGAGGAGUAUCUCGCGCAGUGUGCGGCUGAAUAUGACUUCUGAUAAGGGGCGGAUCCAUCGGAAAUCUACUUGUCGGACUUUCUCAUGCAUUAAUUGUUUUGUAGGAUGUCUUCGUAAGUCUUUUCAUAAUCACACUGGUCAAGGGUUCACAUGCCUAGGAUUGCACAAUUUGGGAUGCUUUCUGGUACAUUUAGAAAGUUACCGGGAAUAUUCUAUCUCUUUGCAACCCUACACAUGCCACUGUUUUUCAACAGGCAUUUAAUGAGUCCAGUAUCUGGACAUUGUUCAGAUUCUCAUGGAUAUAAGCCUGGACUCGGUCACUGUCUAUAAAGGAAUAUAUGCUGAACAAAAAUAUAAAUGCAAC